AUGGAUAUCGCACCAAAGGACGAGUCAAUGAUUAGCCUUGGAGAAUGUCUCAUGCUCUGUGCUUACGGGCUAAUACAGUCUCCAACAAGAGAUGAAGUCCAGGAAGAUGGACGCGAUCAACUGCACACACUCAUUAUUCUUGGUAGUACCGUACCAAAAGUUGGAGGCAUUAUACUUGUUGCCCAUCUUAUUGAUUUAGAGGACUCCUAUUAA